AUGGCACCAGAGAAGGAACUAGUCCAGUUGAUAGGAUUCUGGGGGAGCCCUUAUGUCCUUAGUGUUCGUUGGGCUCUAAAGCUAAAGGGUAUUGAAUACGAAUACCACGAAGAAAAUCUUUUGAAGAAGAGCCCCCUGUUGCUGCAGUACAACCCGGUUUAUAAGAAGGUGCCGGUGCUGCUGCAUAAUGGGAAACCAUUGGUAGAGUCACUCAUGAUAAUCCAGUACAUUGACGAAACAUGGAAGCAGAAUCCACUCCAGCCUCAAGAUCCUUAUGAAAGGGCCAAGACGCUCUUCUGGGCUAAGUUUGCCCAUGAAAAGUGCAUUGCGCCAAUGGUAAGUUCGUUCUUCAAGAUUGGAGAGGAGCAGGAAAAGUGCGUAAAAGAGGCUUGUGAGCAUUUGAGGACCUUAGAAAGUGCGCUCGAGGAGGGGAAACGCUUCUUUGGAGGCGAAACAAUUGGAUUUGUAGACAUUGCUGCUGCAUGGAUGGGAUGCUGGGCUCGAAUUAUAGAGGAAAUAUUAAGCGUAAAGCUUAUUGAUGAAGAGAAAAUGCCGCGGCUCAUUGCAUGGUUUAGCAAUGUAGUUGAAGUUCCUGCUCUUAAGGAAUGCAUGCCGCCUACACAAAAUCUGCUUGAGCACAAUAUAAAAUUCCGCAAGUUUCUGGUUGCUGCUGCUGAGCGACUCCAAUCAGUACCUUUAACGGGGAAUUGA